AUGGAUACGCACGACACACUCGCUUGGUGGUUGUUAUGUUAUAGCGGUGGUUGUGCCACAGGUGGAGCCGUAGGAGGAGCGUUGGCUCCUGCUAUGGCGAUGUGUUGUGUCAUUGCUUCAGGGGUAGCACGAGUUGGAGCUUCCGAGUCAUAUGCUGAAGGUCUUCUUUGGUUAUCUGAACAGUUAGAUGAGCAAGGAGAAGUGGAUCCUUUAUCUGAACCGUUCGAGGAGCAAGGAGAAGUUGAUCCUAUUGAGGACCUAGUGGGGCCUCGCGAGGAUGAACUUGUGUUGGAUCUCGAAUGCGGGGAAGGGAAAUCGGGAAGCCGGAGCCUCCAUGAUGUGGGAGGUAUAGUCAUCCGAGAAGGGGGUGCCGCCCGUGCAGCUGCUACCGCCAACAUCGCGGGCCCCCCACUGAAUGUCGUUGCUGAAGAAGUGAACCAAGAGCAGCAGGGCUUCAAAAGAGAGGCAGACGAGUACAUGCCGAUAGCCAAUAUCACCCGAAUCUUGCGGCGUGUCCUCCCCACCCAUGCCGAAAUCGCCGACAAUGCCAAGGAAGCUAUCCAGGAAUGCGUCUCAGAGUUCAUCAGCUUUAUCACCGCCGAGGCAAACCGGCGGUGCCGCCGUGACUACAGGAGAACAGUCACAUCGGAGGACGUGCUGGCAGCAAUGGCCUCUCUAGGUUUCGACGACUAUUUGGAGUCGCUCACAGUUUUCCUCAACAACCACCGCACGCAGCAGGACCCCGAGCGUGGCUCUAGGAAUCAAAUAUCGCAAAUUGUUAUGCGAGAUGGCGGCGUCGGAGUUGGCUUCCUUCACCACCAGCAACCGCAAAGUGCUCCCACGGUGCGGCCGCCACCACCACUACUGGCGGCACCAACAAUGGGGUAUUAUGUCCCCUUACCGCCACCUGUUGCUGCUACAAUGGAAGACGAGGAAGAAUUUGGUGGGGUAACAAAUGAAUAUAUCUUGCAGAACCAUGGUGGUGGGGAAGGGUCCUCCGACGGCCGCGAGUUUGACCCGUUUCAGUAG